UGAGGCUCCCGUAGUUAAGCUAGCUUUAAGAAGCAAGAUGGCGCCGCCCGCCGAGCUACCCAUGUGCUGUUUCCGGUCACACACGGAAGCACGACUCCGAACGGCCGCUGAGACGGUUGGAAGUUGCCAGCGUUGUGGGUUUUCUUAAAACUGCUCGUCGCGGAGCCAGUCAGCAGCCAACAUGUCUAGCAGAAACAAUAACAAGCUGCCCAGCAACCUUCCGCAGUUACAGAAUUUGAUCAAGAGGGACCCGCCGGCCUACGUGGAGGAGUUUCUACAGCAGUAUAAUCACUACAAAUCCAAUGUGGAAAUUUUCAAAUUACAACCAAAUAAACCCAGCAAAGAACUGGCAGAGCUGGUGAUGUUUAUGGCUCAGAUUAGUCACUGUUAUCCGGAACAUUUAAGUAACUUUCCCCAAGAGCUGAAAGAUCUUCUCUCCUACAACCACACUGUCUUGGAUCCAGAUCUCCGAAUGACAUUUUGCAAAGCUUUGAUCUUGCUGAGAAAUAAGAAUCUCAUCAAUCCAUCAAGUUUGCUGGAACUCUUCUUUGAACUUCUACGUUGCCAUGAUAAGCUUCUGCGAAAGACUUUAUACACUCAUAUUGUGACUGAUAUCAAGAAUAUAAAUGCAAAACACAAGAACAAUAAAGUGAAUAUAGUAUUGCAGAAUUUCAUGUAUACCAUGUUAAGAGAUAGCAAUGCAACUGCAGCCAAAAUAUCUUUGGAUGUCAUGAUUGAACUCUACAGAAGAAACAUCUGGAACGAUGCCAAAACUGUCAAUGUGAUCACAACGGCCUGUUUCUCUAAGGUCACCAAGAUAUUAGUUGCUGCUUUGACAUUCUUCCUUGGGAAAGAUGAAGAGGAGAAACAAGCCAGUGACUCAGAGUCUGAGGAUGAAGGACCAACAGCAAGAGACCUGCUUGUGCAGUAUGCCACUGGGAAGAAAAGCUCUAAAAACAAGAAAAAGUUGGAAAAGGCUAUGAAAGUCCUCACGAAACAUAAAAAGAAGAAAAAACCAGAGGUGUUUAACUUUUCAGCUAUUCACUUGAUUCAUGAUCCCCAAGAUUUUGCAGAAAAGCUACUGAAGCAGCUGGAGAGCUCCAAGGAGAGGUUUGAAGUGAAGAUGAUGCUCAUGAACCUCAUCUCCAGAUUGGUGGGAAUUCAUGAGCUUUUCCUCUUCAACUUCUACCCCUUUGUGCAGAGGUUUCUACAGCCUCACCAGAGAGAAGUAACGAAGAUCCUUCUGUUUGCUGCACAAGCGUCUCAUCACUUAGUACCUCCAGAGAUCAUCCAGUCAUUGCUCAUGACUGUGGCCAACAAUUUUGUUACUGACAAGAACUCUGGAGAAGUCAUGACAGUAGGAAUCAAUGCUAUAAAAGAGAUAACAGCUCGAUGUCCUCUGGCCAUGACUGAGGAACUUCUGCAAGACCUGGCUCAGUAUAAGACACACAAAGAUAAGAAUGUGAUGAUGUCUGCUAGAACCUUGAUUCAGCUCUUCCGAACACUGAAUCCUCAGAUGUUACAAAAAAAAUUCCGGGGUAAACCUACAGAAGCCUCCAUAGAAGCAAGAGUGCAAGAAUACGGAGAACUGGAUGCUAAAGAUUACAUUCCAGGAGCAGAAAUUCUGGAAGUUGAAAACGGAGAAGAAAAUGCUGAAGGCGACGAAGAUGGCUGGGAGAGUGCCAGUCUCAGUGACGAGGCAGAUUCUGAUGGCGAAUGGGUUGACGUGCCCCAUUCUUCUGACGAAGAACAGAAAGAGAUCUCUGAGAAACUGAACAGCAUGCCGCUGGAGGAGCGGAAGGCCAAGGCGGCGGCCGUCAGCACUAGCCGAGUGUUAAGUCAGGAAGACUUCCAGAAAAUUCGAAUGGCCCAAAUGAGGAAAGAGCUCGACGCUGCCCCUGGGAAAGCCCAGAAGAGGAAAUACAUCGAAAUAGACAGCGAUGAGGAGCGCAGGGGUGAGUUACUUUCUCUUCGGGACAUUGAACGCCUUCAUAAAAAGCCGAAGUCUGACAAGGAGACAAGACUAGCAACUGCAAUGGCUGGAAAAACAGACCGAAAAGAAUUUGUGAGGAAGAAAACCAAAAUGAAUCCAUUUUCCAGUUCCACCAAUAAAGAGAAGAAAAAGCAGAAGAACUUCAUGAUGAUGCGGUAUAGUCAUAAUGUCCGGUCAAAAAAUAAGCGUUCCUUCCGAGAAAAGCAGCUGGCAUUACGAGAUGCACUCUUGAAAAAGAGAAAAAGAAUGAAGUAACUUCCAAGCAAGUCUUCCAUUCCAAGGAGAAUGCUAAAUUUGUAUCAUCACUCUGAAAACUUGCAAAUUAAGAAUAUUUGUUUAUAUUUAAAAGUCCAGAAGCACUAUGUUGUGAAAACCACAGUAAACUUGGUAGCUUUUGGUGUUCUUAUUUUAGAGAUGAGUAAUGGUGGGAAUGUUUGAAAUGUAAAUAGCCGUGGUAUAAACUUAUUUUCAUUUAAUAUACAUGCAAGAAAAUAAUUAUAUACAUAUGUAUAGAGAAAGAGUUAGAGUGCCUAUUAAUUGUCACUGAAGAUAUAAAAAUGAAUAAGCCAUAACUUCUCAUUCAAGAUAUUUAUAACCUGUUUGUAGGAUGGGGCGAGGGGCAAGUGUGUUUAUAUGUAUUUACACUGCUGUAUAAAUAAUUCUAUAGUAGAGACAGUUUUAUACUUCUGUGGAGUCACAGAGGCCUUAUGGACUAACUCUGCAGAGGAUGGGUAUUAUAUAUUUUCUUAAAACAGGACAAUGUUACAAGAGUAAGAGGAUCUUACUUGUAAAUAGGCUUACCUGCUGAAAACAGGUUCCUGCUGUACAGAUUUUGAGUAGACAGUUUAGCCUUUUUAGUCCAUCCAUCCAAAAGAUGUAAUUUUUUUUUUUUUAUGCCAUGUAUAGGCUUUUUGGCUAAGAUCUCAUUUUUUAAAUUGCCUUAAGUAGUAAUCUCGGAGUGGCUUCUGUUCAUUAUUUGGGCUGCCCGCUCUUCCACAGAGGAGAAAGAAGUCAGAUUAGUUUCCUCAGUCUUCCUUGACCCUGUAAUAUGUCCAGCCCUCUGUUGGCCUUGUCUCAGUAAAAGGCUUCUGAUGUCAGACAGGUACUCUGUGUGCCGAGUGGUGUGUGUUAUCUCCCGCCCCUAUGCAUACUUGAGUGGAUUCCAAGGGCCACAAGAGCCAUGGUCAGCUGUUUGCAAGUUUCUGCAUUUGGAAAUAGUUUGGUGCCCUUUGUCUCAAAUUUCCUAGAUAAUAUUGUGAUAGUUGGAAAAAUUGCUUCAAACUAGAGUAAAAGGCAAUUUUCUGCCCACUCAGCAGCUUGUAAAACCACUUCUCUUAUUCCUUUUCUAGCAUCAUCUGUUUACUUUCUGAGUUCAACUUCUGUUUUACUUCAAUGAAACUUUGUGACUUUUUCUAAGACACCCCAUACCACUGGGGAUUAGUUAUGAAGACCUCAAUGAUUAAUGAUUACUUUGCAGUGACCUGGGGAAAGGAACCCUCCAUCAACCCCCAGCAGCUUUAGUGUUUCACAGGAAGUGCAUAUUUGAGUGUUUCAGGCCUGAAGCUGCUCUUUGCUCUUUGCAUUUUUCAGCUGUCUCCCUGUGUAUGUGUCUAGCUCCAGAAAGAAGUAAAUAAAACUCAAAACGGC